AUGAUUUACCUCAUUACCCUGACAGGGAAUUUUGGGAUGAUAUUCUUAAUCAGAUUUACACCUCGACUCCAGACCCCCAUGUACUUCUUCCUCACUCAUUUAGCAUGUGUGGAUAUUUUUUAUUCUACAAAUGUCUCUCCUCAGAUGCUUAUCAACUUCUUGUCUGAAAAGAAAACCAUUUCCUACAUUGGGUGUUUGACCCAGUGUUUUGUUUUUGUGACUCUUCUCCUCACCGAGUAUUACAUGCUGGGUGCCAUGGCCUAUGACAGGUACAUGGCAAUCUGCAAUCCCCUGCAUUACAACAGCAGGAUGUCCAAGCCACUUUGCAUCUGCUUAGUCACAUUCCCCUAUGUCUGGGGGUCUAUGGUGGGGACAAUGCAAGUCAUCCUGACCUCUCGCUUGUCCUUCUGUGGACCCAACACCAUCAACCAUUUCUAUUGUGCUGACCCACCCCUCCUAAUGCUUACCUGUUCUGACACCUAUAUAAAGCAAACAGCUCUUUUUGUAUCUGCGGGGAUUAACCUCACAGGUUCCCUGCUCAUCAUCCUCAUCUCCUAUGUUUUUAUUUUCAUCACCAUCAUGAAGAUUCGAUCCAGUGAAGGACAAAGAAAAGCUUUUUCCACCUGUGGCUCCCAUCUGACAGCUGUCACUAUGUUCUAUGGGUCCCUCUUCUGCAUGUAUCUGAGACCUGCCAAUGAACGGUCUGUUGAGCAAGGGAAAAUUGUCUCUGUAUUCUGUAUUUUUGUAAGUCCCUUUCUGAAUCCCUUCAUCUAUAGCUUGAGGAACAAAGAUGUGAAGCAAGCCUUAAGACAAUAG